GUGUUUGUCCUGUUCUCCGAGGUGUCUCUGCGGUACGCUGACUUCACUGCUGCGUUCAGUGGGAGUGUGAGUGCUGACCGCCUUGUGUUCGCAACGAACCUGCCGCACUGGGCCGAUGAGAAGACGGAGUCCAACACUGUGCGGAAGUUCCACGCUGCUGUGACGGAUGUAAAGGAGAGGACGCCGCUUUCACUGAGGGCAUUUGCUAUGAUGGAGUUAGUUAGAGAUGUUGUCUCUUUGAUUGAUGUAAUAAAUGAUCGUUCGAUCUCUCAAUUCUUUUAUACAAACAUUGUUGUCACUGUAAACGACAUGUUGUACGGAUCAUUUGCUGAUGGGAGUGAAUGUGCUCAGAAUGAUAUUGUUGAUAAUGAACAAUGUGGUGUGAAUUUUGGAGCAACACGUAUUUCUGUGUGGUCGAUGUCCCGUGCGCUGGACCCCACUGUGGCGGAACUGUUUCCA